CAGCUCAGAGAAUUUAGAACAUCUAAACCAGAAGGAGAGAAAAAAGGAGGAGGCCACAAACCGGUUUGUUUGUAUGUAAAGAAUUAUUUUGUGUUUAUACACUUUUUCCCCAGGUACUGGUGGAUUACAACCCGCUUCAGUGGGACGUGGCAGAGAGAGGCGCAAGUCUGAACUUCCAAGUUCUUCCCAACCAUAAAGGAAGUGGGAUCAUGGUGUCCGACUUUGUGGAGGAGCUCCAGGGACUCGUCAAACUCACCGAUGCUGAAUUCGAAAGAGAAAUUACCCAGAUUGCUCAACUACUUCUUACGCAUGGUGCCGAAAAUGAGGGAUAUUGGACGUGGGACCGUUUAAUGAAGCAGGCAGGUGGA